AUGAAUGGUUAUAGUGUUGAACAACGUGUGCGUAUAGUUAAAUUUUACUAUCAAAAUCAGUGCUUUGUUAGAGUAACUUUCCGCGCAUUACGUGAUUUUUAUCCUCGACACAACCGUUCUGCUGAGUCGACCAUUCGACGUUUGGUAGCCAAAUUCGAAUCAACCGGUUCAAUAAAUCAUCAGCCAACACCCAUACGUCGACGAAAUGCAAGGUCCACUGAGAACAUCGCUGCUGUGUGUGAUAGUGUACGGGGAAAUCCAAGGCAGUCAAUUUCUCGUCGUUCACAAGACCUUGGCCUUUCUGCGACUUCAACUUGGCGAAUUUUGCGUCGAAAUUUGGGUCUGCACCUGUAUAAAAUCCAACUAACACAGGAACUUAAAGUGACCGACCAUACACAACACCGUGUAUUCGCUUAUUGGGCUCAGGGGCAGUUGGAAGUUGACCCAAAUUUCGCUAAAAAAAUCAUCUUUAGCGACGAGGCCCUUUUUGGAUGA